AUGAGAAACCCAACGGACGGCACGCGAAUGGGUUUGGAGCAGGCGGAAAGCAAGUUGAAGGAAUUCCGUAAAAUGAUAGACUAUUUGGAGGGAAAUGUUGAAGAGAGCGAGAAUAAUGUUCGCUUGGCUCGCCGUUCAGAGGUACCUUCGGUCGGCCGUCCUCAAACGCUAACUCCUAUACGGAAGAUGCAUAAGGGUAGUGAAAACAGAAACCCAUUUACAUUGAAAAUGGUCUUUCGUGUUGCUCCGCCGGAUGUGAUGCGGCUGGUUGCGCUCACUUAUCUCUCAGUGUACCAGCAAAUGAGUAUUACUGCAUGUACCAGGAUAUUCCUCCACAACGGUUUACCGCCUCAUAGUGGCGUGGAGGUGACACUGGGCGUCGAACUGCGAUGCACAGCGGAGGUUGGGCGACGACCUGUGGUGAAAGCUAAGCUCGCCGUGGCAUGGCUGCUUAGUUUGGGGAAAAGUCUCUUUGCCACUCCAGCAUAUUCACUGCCUCAGUACCCUGCACACUGGGCCCUGCCGUCUCAGACGUCGGACGGUAUGGCGACCGACGCCGACCUGCAUGCCCUUCUCGGAGCUGCAGAGCGUAUCAAAUUUCACGUGAUUGCUCUGCAGGAGACCAAGUGCAGAAGGAGCGACGUACGACAGAUGAAUGACGGCGGUGUUGGUUUCGUUGUGCACCCAUCUGUCGUCCAUCUCGUCGAUUCUCACGAGAUCCUGUCACCUCGUCUGGCCAUUCUUCGCCUCCGCCCUCUGCGCCAAAAACCCAUCAGUAUCAUCAACUGCUACUCACCAACAUCAGUAGCUGAUGAACCCGAAUUGGACGCGUUUUACGAGGAGCUGGAGGAAGUAAUCCGCAACGAGAAGUCUAUCUACAAAUUCGUUGUCGACAACUUCAACGCAAAACUAGGAAAGGCCACAGAAGAGGAAUACAGGAUUGGAAGAUUUGGACUAGGGGACCGGAAAGAAAAUGGCAAUCGUCUCGCCGGGCUGUUGUCCGCCGCUCGCCUCUUUCAUGGGAACUCUCUUUUCAUGAAAAAAGAUCAUCGUCGGUGGACAUGGGAAUCGCCCAAUGGCGCGACUCGUGCGGAGAUCGACCACAUACUCACCAACCGGAGGUGGUGUCUACUUGACGUCUCAGUAGUACCAUCCUUUUGUAGUGGUUCUGAUCACCGUCUCCUUCGUGCGAAAAUACGACUUAGCCACACGAUGGAAAAGAACAUCUGCUAUCGGCAACGAAGGAGAAAAGAAGUCGUCUACGACGAUUGCGUACUCGAGGACUCCCUGUCCCAAGGUGACUGGCACAUCGAGGAGGACCCAAACGUGGACUACGAGAUGCUGCUCAGUGGAUUACGAGCCUGUGCUGAACGUGCCUCGAAGUCGCGCACGACAAACUUGCAUCGAAUUUCGAAGACCAUCAAGGAAUUGUUAGGAAGAAGAAGGGCUUUGAGGCUUGAUCAGAAUGCAUCGCACAUUGAGCGGUUAGUAGCAAACACUAGCUGCAGAAAAGCGUUGCAGGAGGAUCUUUUGAAGUACAGGCAGAAGAAGAUUCUAGAAGCAGCACAAAGAAGAACGAGUCUAAAGAAGUGCCGCAGGGACCUCCGCGAAUAUAAUAUUCCGCUAGCAACCUUGCUGAGCGAAGACGGGACUCGCACGUCUUCUCGUCGUGAGAUGGAAAUCAUUACGGAGAGGUUCUACUCGAACCUUUUCCGUUCAUCAACUCCUGUGUCAAGCCCAAUCAUCCCCACUGGCGAUGCUCCACCAUGGAUUCUCCCUUCGGAAGUACGAGUCGCUAUCAAGAGCAUGAAACCUGGCACAGCCCCCGGACCUGAUUUUAUAUCAGCAGACUUUCUUCAGCUGAAAGAAAGGAUCCCAGAUCAGUGGAAGACCUCGCGAACCGUUCUUAUCCAUAAGAAAGGUGACCGAGAGGACCUUCGGAACUACCGUCCGAUAUGCUUGCUGAGCGUGUUAUACAAAGUAUUCACCAAGAUCAUCCUCACACGCAUAUCUAGGACGCUGGAUGAAGCUCAGCCUCAAGAACAAGCUGGAUUUCGCCAAGGGUUCAGCUGCUUGGACCACAUCCAGACCGUGUCGAGGGUCAUAGAGGUUUGCCGGGAAUACCGCCUGCCCCUUGUUCUAACCCUCGUCGACUAUGAGAAAGCCUUUGACAGCGUAGAAACGAAUGCAGUACUGUCAGCGCUGGUCGAUCAAGGUGUGGACGCGUCGUAUGUGAGGACAUUAGCCAAUUGCUACGAACGAUGCACGACUAGGAUACAGCUUUUCCACCGCCCUCUCACCAUACCCAUUGGAAAGGGGGUACAAGGCGAUACUAUAUCGCCGAAGCUGUUCACGGCUGCAUUGCAAUGGAUAAUGAAAUCACUAUCCUGGGAAGAAAGGGGCAUACGUGUUGAUGGAAGAUUUCUUUCGAACCUUCGUUUCGCGGACGACAUCGUUCUCUUUUCGAGCAGCACCAAUGAAGCAGAAACGAUGCUCAACGAAUUGAACGAAACAGGGAAGAGAAUAGGACUACGAAUAAACAGAAAGAAGACACAGUUCAUGAAGAACGCGCACUGCGAGGACGGAGGAGUACAACUUGAAGGCUCCCAAAUCGUGGAAACUCCGUCAUACGUAUACCUCGGACGUUCUAUGAACAUGGAAAACGACUUGAAGGAAGAACUGAAUAGAAGAAUGAGAGCAGCAUGGGCAGCAUUCGCAGCCGUCAGGGAAGCUACGGACCAACUGACGGACCAUGAUCUUCGUGCCCAUCUGUUCGACUCGACAGUCCUUCCAGCGCUCUGUUACGCAGCGGAGACGUGGGCAGACACCGCGGCCACGUCUAGGAAGCUACUUACUACCCACAGAGCCCUUGAGAGAUGUCUCCUGAAGUUUAACCGGCGCACACAACACCUUGCCGGUCUUCGUAGCUCCGAUUUAAGAGGAAUGUCCCGUCUUCGCGACCCAGCGGAAUAUGUAUCGAAAACAAAACAUAGAUGGGCCGGUCACAUCAUGAGAAGAAUCGACGAUAGAUGGACUAAAAGAACGCUAGAGUGGAUCUCAAGGGACGCUAAACGCCCUCGAGCGAGACCGCCAACGAGAUGGGGUGACGUGUUCCCUACACGGAUGGACCAGCUGAGAGCUCAGCUGGAUACGGCUGAAGGACCUCGUCAACGUCACUCACGAAGCUUGAGAACAUCUUGGAUGACAAUGGCGAGGGAACGAAGAGAGUGGAAGAGAUGCUGGGGCCCGCACGUCAACGGAGUGGCUGAAGGACAUCUCAACCACAGAACAUCUCAACCUAAGACGACGACGACGACAGCUGCACCCUCUUAUCGAUCCUCUACUAUUCUUUUCGCAGUACUCGGAUUCCUCGCUUUGAUAACGCUCAUCGCGCUAGUGACUUGGGCUGUGAAACGAAACGCUGUGAAACAGCAAAGGAAUCGUGACUGCGAAGUCUAG